UGUAUGAUCUAGAGAUAGCGAAAGGGCAUUUGACUACGAUUCAAUUGCUUAACAUUUCAGAUUCCAAUGCUACCUUCAUUGACAACUAAUUAAUCCUAUGCAUUUAACUAAGAAGACCCUUCGAAUUCAACAUCCGACGCCAGUAUUUAACGUGAAUGCACCUAAGAGUCAUAGGAACUAAUCACACAGAACAAGAAUUUAUGAUGAAUGAUGGUUCAUCAUCAUCAAGCACAAAGGUGGACACCGAUGUGUUGGUAGAUGAAACCUACUUCUCUGCUUUGUUCGAUUACGAUGAAGUUUUCCCAAUCUCCGACGAAAACUACGCUACGGAGCUCCAUCUCCAAGAAGCUCUGUUUUCUUCCAUUGUCGCUUCUACUGGUGGUGUUAAUCAUCAUCCCCAAGUCCAAAGGAAUCUCGUCACGCGGGUUAAGCAGGAACCGGAGAUCAAAACCGAGAAUGAACCCACCGAACCAUCGAGAAGGUUUUGUAUGAUCUGUAUGGACGAAAAACCUUCCUCCGACAUCUUCCGAGGAACCACUAACUGUGUUCACUUCUACUGCACAGACUGCACCGUCCGGUACGUGGCGACUAAGAUCAAAGAAAACGCAGCGAGGAUCAAAUGUCCUGACGUGGAGUGCACGCACCUGAUAGAGCCAUACACGUGUCGAGAUCUAAUCCCCAAGGACGUUUUCGACCGUUGGGAUAAAAUCUUGUGCGAGUCUUUGAUCUCCUCGUGGGACAAAUUCUACUGUCCGUUCAAAGACUGUUCGGCUAUGAUGGUGAACGAUGAAGGUGGUAAUGCAAACGUGACGCAGACGGAGUGUCCGUCUUGUCACCGACUCUUCUGUGUGAAGUGUAAGGUGACGUGGCAUGCGGGGAUUGGGUGUGACGAGUUCCAGAGAUUUGGGAAUACGAAGAAGAAGAGUAGUGAUGACGAAGAUGCUUUGUUGAUUCAGAUGGCGAAAAAUAAGCAGUGGAGAAGGUGUCCUAGUUGCAAAUUCUAUGUUGAUAAAGUUGAAGGUUGUCAACAUAUAAAUUGCAGGUGUGGAUAUCAGUUUUGCUAUGGUUGUGGAUCUGUGUGGGGUUCUUCUCACGUAUGCCAAAUCCGUUACUAA